ACCGACAGAAGUUCUUGGCUGAGCGUCAAACUUUGCUGCAGUCACCGUCACCGACAUGUUCUCAUUGACUUUUUGACUCAAUUUAGUCAGCGAUGACUAUGACAUUCUUGUUAGAUCUUGCGCCGCCAGUUGGGUCGACAGCCACUUCUUCCCUACCCCAAAAUAUCAGCUCAGCUUCCUGCAGCAGUGCGUGUUCAUCUCUUUGUUCAAGUGUGGACUUUGGGGCGUGUGAACUGGAGGACCAAGGAGCUAGUGCAGAAUGAGUUUCGGGCAUAGGCUCAGUUCUUCAAGGUGUUUGCAGAAUGGAAGAUGAUAAAAUAGGGGCAUUGACUUUGUCUCUCAUUUGCACAUAUUGUCUACUACUAGUCAAUGGAUAUGAUGUGCCCAUGACACUAUUGGAAAGUGCAGUUGACCAAGGAGCAGAUAUUUUGCAGUGUGUCUGGAUGGAAGUCCCCCAGCUUAUCAUUUCUCUCCAGGUUUCGACUCUGGGGCUAAUAACUGGCUAGUUCACAUGGAGGGGGGAGGCUGGUGCACAAGUAUCCAAGAUUGUCUUGCUCGGAAAGAUACUUUCAGAGGCUCAUCCAAGUACAUGAAGCCUCUUUCAUUCUCUGGGAUCUUAGGCAAUAGGCAGAAAUCAAAUCCCGAUUUCUACAACUGGAAUAAGGUCAAGAUUCGAUACUGUGAUGGUUCAUCAUUUACAGGAGAUGUGGAUGAAGUUGAUCCUGCAACAAAUUUGUACUUUAGAGGAGCAAAGGUUUGGCUCGCUGUUAUAGAAGAAUUGUUGGAGAAGGGGAUGAAUAAGGCAGAAAAAGCUCUGCUUUCAGGUUGUUCAGCAGGUGGUCUGGCUUCCAUACUACAUUGUGACAGAUUUCAUGAUCUUGUACCUGAGAACGCAACCGUUAAGUGCCUCUCGGAUGCUGGUUUUUUCAUAAACACGAAAGACAUUUCUGGAGCAGAGUCUAUUGCAUCCUACUACAGCAAUGUUGUUGGCACUCAUGGGUCUGCAAAGAACUUGCCAUCUUCGUGCACUGCAAGAAUGACUCCGAGCAUGUGUUUCUUCCCUCAAUAUGUGGUGCCUGAGAUGCGCACACCUCUUUUCAUUUUGAAUGCAGCCUAUGAUGCAUGGCAGAUCAAGAACAUUUUGGCUCCAAGUUCUGCUGACCCACAUAAGACUUGGAGCAAUUGCAAACUUGAUAUAAAUCAGUGUUCUUCCGACCAGCUCGAGACAAUGCAUGGUUUCCGGUCACAAUUCCUGAGUGCUUUGCCGGUACUUGAGAACUCAUCCAUUGGCAUGUUCAUAAACUCAUGCUAUGCUCACUGUCAGUCAGGAAGCCAAGAUACAUGGCUAGCUGCUGAUUCUCCUUCACUAAAUAACACUCCAAUUGCCACUGCAGUGGGAGACUGGUUUUACGGCAGGACCAUGUUUCAGAAGAUCGACUGCGCAUAUCCAUGUGACUCGUCAUGUAUCAACCGGGUGGAAGAUUAGGAACUGAACACUUGCAGUUAUAUUUAUUCUCUAAUUAAGCUGAGUGUGACAAACUAAAUCAAAGCUUCUUCCAUGUUGCCCCUGUUGUGUUUCUCCCUUUCUUUCUUUCUUUCUUUUUCUCAAGAAAAAUGUUGUAUUUGUUCUACAUGGGAUGCUUUUGGAUAGAAUCUCAAAUUUCUAUUGAA